AUGUUCUUCAAAGUUCUCUUCGUCGCCGCCGUCCUAAUUACCCUAGUCGCCGCCUCCCCCACCCCCGGAAUCGCAAACUCUCGCAACCCUGGCUCUCUUCACCGGCGCAAACAGACGUUCUACUCCAAGUCGGGCCAGGACAACCUCAUGGCUUCUCUCCUCAACAUCGACCUUAGCCAGAUUACUGGUCGUGUGGGU